AUGGAAUUUGCUCAUACCGGAUAUUGUAUCAAAUCGAGAUUUAAAAAUGAUUUAGUGCGUACCGAAAAACGAGUAGAAUUUAUGGCAUCUCCACAGUUCACACACGAAAACAACAAUUUCUACACAUUCAUAUUCCCGAAAAACCAUUCUUCUUUAUCAUCUUCAAAAGUAUCCAACGAAAAUAAUAACAGUAUUGCUGCUACUGUAACGACGACGACGACUCAUUUUGCACAACAUGUUCUUGCAUCCUUACAAGAACUACGUAUCAAAGAAGGACUAUGGAUUGCAUACGUUAAUACUGUGAACGAACAACAGGAGGUAGACGUUGAAAUUAGGCAUUGUAAAUUUUCGAAGAAAAUAUUAUUGUCGUUGGUGGAUAUAAUUGAUCAGUUAUAUGGCGCUGUUGGUAUGUUGGGCGUUAGUGCUGAUGAAGAGUAA